AUGCAGCCUCAUGGUGCCAUCUUUUUGGCCCUUCCCCACCUGGGGCCCGUCCUGCUCUGGCUGCUCACCCGUCAUCGGACAUCUGGUUGGGACGACAGCCCAAAGAAACCGCCCUGGUGCCCGCCUCACAGAGUCUUGCUGGCAGGGUGGAUAACCAUCUACUUUGUCAUGGGCUAUGCCUCCUACCUGGUGUGGAAGGACCUGGGAGGGGGCUUUGGGCGGCCCCUGGCCCUGCCUCUCGGCCUCUAUGCUGUGAAGCUCGCUGUCAGCUGGGCUGCCCUGAUUCUCUUUUUCGGAGCCCACACCCAUGGUCUGGCCCUGCUGCACCUGCUGCUGCUCUAUGGACUAGCGGUGAGUACAGCGCUGAUCUGGCACCCCAUCAACAAGCUGGCCGCCCUGCUCCUGCUGCCUUACCUGGCCUGGCUCACUGUGACCGCUUCCAUCGCCUACCGCCUGUGGAGGGACAGCCUCUGUCCAGACCAUCAGCCUCAGCCCGUGGGGGAGAAGAACGACUGAGGCACCAGGGACAGGAGUGGAGGGAGGAUGGCCAGGUAGGGUAGAAGAGAACGCAGGCAGGGUUAUGGGGCUAU